GACAAAGAAGAGAGCAGAACAUGGUUUUGCUUCUUACCAGUAGGCCUAGUUGAUUAAAGAAAAUAAAGGAAGAGACUUAUCUUCCUUUAUUUUCAAACUUAGCUUCAUCCACAAAAUUUAGGCCCCAUAUGAUCAUGGCCAACAGGCAUCAGCACAUGACUUUGUUUGACAAGCUUAUUAGCUCAACUUGUAUAAAUAAUCCCUCUUUCAUGAGCCUUUUCAUCAUCAAACACAAGCAGUAUCAAUUCAGCCAUCAAAGGUCUCUAAAUUUCUUGUUUUCAAUCUUCCGAAAAGAAAAUGGCAAUGAUCAGUACCAAGAAACUCAUCAAAAUGGUCAGGAGAUGGCAGAAGUUUGCAGCCAUGCAGAGGAAGAGGAUUUUAUUUCCAAGAGAUGACAGUUGUAGUUCAUCCUCAUCGUCUAUAAUUGAAAAAGGACAUUUUGUAGUCUAUACAAUUGAUCAAAGGCGCUUCAUGAUUCCCUUGGUUUACCUAGAAAAUGAAGUCAUUAGGCAACUCUUGAACAUGUCUGAAGAAGAAUUUGGGCUUCCGAAUAGUGGCCCUAUUACAUUACCUUGUGAUUCAGCCUUCAUGGACUACAUCAUUUCACUAAUCAAGAAAGGCGUAGCUGCUGGAGAUCUUCACAAAGCAUUGCUCCUCUCAAUUCCUUCAACUUGCUGUUCAACUUCUUCUUUGCACCAAAAAAGUGGAAACCAACAGCUUCUUGUUUGUUGAGUCAUUAUCAACAAGCUAGCUCAAAAUAGUGUUUAGAUAGGGCAUAGACUGAAGAACACAAUUGUAAAGCACAUCAUACAGAUUGAAUGUUAUUUUAUCAGAGUAAAUUUAC